AUGGUGAUGGAUCUUUUCUCCAUUGAAGCCACCGGCAGCGCGGAGGAGGCGCGACGCAAGCAGCUGCGCGCGGCGGAGGACCUGCAGCUGCAGAUGCAGCAGCGCCGGGAGCAGCUGGAGCAGCUGCAGCUGCGGGAGCGGCUGGAGGGCGAGGCGAUGCGCAGGGCCGCCGAGGACGAACCGCGCGACCACGGCGCCGCCGCCGGCGACGACAAGGAGGCGCGGCGGCGCGAGAUCCAGCAGUUCCAGCGCCACCUGGAGGCGGUGCGCGAGGAGCGCAGGCUCCAGCAGCAGCAGAUGGACGCUGCAGUCCAGCGCGAGAUGGACCUGCUGCAGCGGCGGCGCGACGAGGCGCGCGCCAAGCUCCGGACGGCGCGCUUCAAGCUCCUCCAGGACACGCUGGAAGGCCGGGAGCGGCAGCUGGAAGAGAGGAAGCUGCGCGCGCUGGAGGAGCAGCAGGAGCGUGCGCGUGAGGCGGAGUACGCGGAGUUGGAGCGCGAGAAGCACAGGCGCGACGAGGAGGAGCACGACCGCCGCCUGAAGGACUUCCGCCGCCAGUGGGCGCAAGACCUCAAGGAGCAGUGGGAGUACAGCGAGGCGCUGAAGCGGCGCCAGGCGCAGGAGCAGCGCAGCCAGGCGCGCGCCGAGCAGGAGCAGGACGAGUGCCAGGACCGCCGCCUCCAGGAGCUGAUCGCCAGGUGCGGCGAGGGCGCGCGCCACCCCUUCGCCUCCCUGCUGCAGGGCGAGUGCCCGCCCCCGCCGCCGCCCCCGGGGGCCGGCCGCCCCUAGCGGA